UGUUUAACACACCCUCAGUUUGUCAGUUCAUUGCGACAUAUUGUCUUUGUCUCACUGAGCAUUACAGAGCCUUCUGGUACGCUAGUUUGCCUGUCCGUGUAUGAGCUUUACUUUGUUUAUUUUUGAAUUUGCCUUAGCCUAGCCCUUUGGGGAUUGUUUGUAUUUCUGGUUUGGACCUCUCUUCUGGUUUAUGGAGUCUGUUUUUUGGAUUGCCCCUAUGGUUACUGUUUUCUCGAUCUGGCUUUUGAUCUUGGACUGUAAUAAUAAAUGAGAGCAGUGAGCAGCUUCUAUGGUGUUCAUCUUUAAUUGUUUGAAGUAUAACAUAAUGGAACAACAUAAUUCCACAAGUGGAGCAGGAACCUCUGACAUAAAGACAAAGCGUGCAGGAUCUCCACUGUCCAUCUGUGUGUCCAUGAAGAGUGGCUGGUCUAUAAUAGAGCCAAGCAGCUUUAGUAGUAGAGGAGGAGCUUCUUACUCUGGAACAGUUUCUCCAAUGUCCAGCUGUGUGACUGUGAAGAGUGACCAUUACCUGGUUGAGCAUUCUGCGUUUAGCAGUGGAGCUGUGACCUCUGACUCAGAAUUGCAGAGUGAGAGAACAGUUUCUCCAGUGUUCAGCUGUGUGUCUAUGAAGAGUGACUGGUCCAUGGGGAACCCUCCUACAUUAAGCAGGUUACCUGUGACCCCUGACUCUGAGCAGUGCUCGACCAAAGCAGCACUGCAGACACUCACACAUACAUUAGUAGAAGGGGCUGGAGGCCUGCAACUGGAUUUUUAUAAAACAAUGGAUGAUGUCCUACAGAGAGUCAGAGAGAGACACAAAACCAACAUGAAGAACAAAUAUGAGAGUAUAUUUGAGGGGAUCAAAACACAGGACAAUAAAACCCUCUUGAACAGUAUCUAUACACAGCUCUACAUCAUAGAGGGAGAGAGUGAAGGAGUGACUGAAGAACGUGAGGUUUUACAGAUGGGCAAAACAUUCAGAAAACACUUACAAGACACUCCAAUCAACUGUGUAGAUAUCUUUAAACCUCUACAAGGUGCUGAAGGAGAAGCAGAAGAGGAUAACAUUAGAGAUGUCAUGGCUGAAGAUCUCAAGCACAAAAAAACAAAGAAAGUAAGAAAAGAAAGCAAUGGACCCAAAGAGCCAGAGCUCAGAACUGUUCUGACUAAAGGCAUCGCUGGAAUUGGAAAAACUGUCUCUGUGCAGAAGUUCAUUCUGGACUGGGCUGAAGGAAAAGCCAAUCAGGAUGUAGAUCUCAUGUUUGUGCUUCCGUUCCGGGAGCUGAACCUGAUUAAAGAUGACCAAUACAGUCUUCAUGGACUUCUGUGUGACUUCCAUCCUGAGCUUAAAAAUCUGGACCCAAAUAUAUAUGAUGUGUGCAAAGCUGUGUUUAUAUUUGAUGGUCUGGAUGAAAACAGAAUGUCACUGAACUUUGAACAGUGCGAGAGAGUAUCUGACAUCACCAUGACAUCAUCAGUGGGGGUGUUGAUGACAAACCUCAUCAAAGGAGAGCUGCUUCCCUCUGGCCUCAUUUGGGUAACCUCUCGACCAGCAGCAGCCAAUCAGAUCCCUCCUAAAUACAUCAACCGUGUGACAGAAAUUCAGGGAUUCAGUGACCCACAGAAGGAGGAGUACUUUAGGAAGAGGAUCAGUGAUGAAGACCAAGCCAAGAGAAUCAUCUCCCACAUUAAGACAGCGAGGAGCCUCCACAUCAUGUGCCACAUUCCAGUCUUCUGCUGGAUCUCAGCCACUGUGCUUCUAAAAAUCAUGAAACAACAUAAUACAAGAAUUCCUAAAACUCUGACUGAAAUGUACUCACACUUCCUGCUCACUCAGACAAACAAGAAGAACGAGAAGUAUGAGGAGAAAGAUAAGAGAAAUCCAAAGAACCUGCUGGAGUCCAACAGAACCGUUCUUCUGAAACUGGCUGAACUGGCUUUCAAACAGCUGAUGAAGGGCAAUGUGAUGUUCUAUGAAGAGGACCUAAGAGAGUGUGGCAUUGAUGUCACUGAGGCCUCAGUGUAUUCUGGGAUUUGUACUGUGAUCUUUAGGGAGGAAUGUGUGCUUUACCAGAGGAAGGUCUACUGCUUUGUUCAUCUGAGCUUUCAGGAGUUCCUGGCUGCUGUUUAUGUGUUUUACUGCUAUGAGACCAAGAACAUGGAGAUACUGCAGUGUUUUAAACCUCAACACAGAGAGUGCUCUGAGAAUGUUUCAGUGGAUGAGCUGCUAAUGGGAGCAGUGGAUAAAGCUUUAGAGAGUGAAAAUGGACAGCUGGAUUUUCUUCUCCGUUUCCUGCUGGGCAUCUCACUGGAGUCCAAUCAGAGAGUCCUGCAGGGCCUCCUGACCAACACACACAGCAGCUCUGAGAAAACAGCAGAGUACAUGAAGAUGUUAAUCAAAGAUGAAUAUGAUGACAUCUCAACUGAGAGUGCCAUCAAUCUUUUUCUCUGUCUGUCUGAAAUGAAUGACCAGUCUCUCUCCCAAGAGAUUGAGGAGUAUCUAAAAUCAGAGAAACACUCAGAAAAGAAGCUCUCUCCUGGACAGUGUUCAGCACUAGCCUAUAUGCUUCUGAACUCAGAGGAGGUGCUCGAUGAGCUGAACCUGAACAAAUACAACACAUCAGAGGAGGGUUAUAGGAGACUAAUCCCAGCUAUGAGCAUCUGCAAAAAACUAGUUAAUUGUUAUUUCAUCAAGGACUCCUAUAAAAUUCUCUACUCUGCUCUACAACCAGCAAACUCUCCCUUGAAGGAACUGGAUCUCACUAACAGUGACCUGCAGGAUUCAGGAGUGGAGCUUCUCUCUGAUGGACUAAGGAGUUCAUACUGUAAACUGGAGAUACUCAGACUUGCUGGCUGUAAUCUCACCACAAACUCCUGUGAAAAACUAGCAUUGGCUCUACAGUCAGGAAACACUUCCCUGAAAGAGCUGGAUCUCAGUAACAAUGAUCUACAGGAUUCAGGAGUCAAGCUGCUCUCUGCUGGGCUGAAGAGUUCACACUGUAAACUGGAGACACUCAGGCUCACUAUCUGUAAUCUUGAGAAACAAGCUUGUAUGAAUCUGGAAUCAGCUUUACAACAAGCAAAUUCCUCCCUGAAAGAACUGGACCUCAGUAACAAUGACCUACAGGAUUCAGGAGUGGAGUUGCUCUCUGUUGGACUGAAGAGUUCACACUGUAAACUGGAGAUACUCAGAUUGUCUGGUUGUAUGGUGACAGAUGAAGGCUGUUUCUGUCUAGCUUUAGCUCUGAAAUCAAGUCCCUCCCACUUGAGAGAACUAGAUCUAACCUAUAAUUACUCAGGAGAGUCCGGAGCGAAGUUGCUCUCUGAUCUGCUGGAGGAUCCACACUGCUCAUUGCAAACACUCAGGGUGGAGUAUGGAGGGAAGAUCAGGAUGAACUCAGGACUAAAGAAAUAUGCCUGCGAUCUCACACUGGAUCCAGAUACAGCUCACAGAUGCCUCUCUCUGUCUGAGGAGAACAGAAAGGUGGAGAAUGAGAAAGAGGAUCAGAUGUACCCAGAUUGUCCAGACAGAUUUGAACACCAUCCACAGGUUCUGUGUAGAGAAAGUCUGACUGGACGCUGCUACUGGGAGGUGGAGUGGAGUGUUGAAGCUGAUAUAACAGUGACAUACAGAUGUAUCAAGAGGAAAGGGAAGAGUGAAGACUGUGCAUUUGGACAGAAUAAACAGUCUUGGAGUCUGUACUGCUCUGAUUUUGGUUAUUCUGUUUGGCACAAUUGUAGAAAACACAUUGUACGUGCUCCCUGCUCCCGCUCCCACAGAGUGGGAGUGUAUCUGGACUGGCCGGCUGGCACUCUGUCUUUCUAUAGUGUCUCACCUCAAACACAAACAUUGACCCACUUACAUACAUACACAACCACAUUCACUGAACCGCUCUAUGCAGGGUUUGGUGUUGAUUAUAGGUCCUCAGUGUGUGUGCAUGUGUGAAAUGGAAGAGGGAAUGUAUUUCUUCUUGGGGAAAAACUUGAGGUUCCAGAAAACACUUGUUGUGACAUUUUUUUUAUUUACCAUAAUGCUUACUAGGGCUAACAUAAUUUGCUUAACAUAAUUAAGCAUUACGAUUAAUUGCAUGUUUUAUUUUAUUUUCUCAAAUUUGACCCAAAAGAAAGAUUUUGUUUGAUUUAUUUGUAGUUUUCCUGUGAGUACCAGCUGGUGCAGUCUGCCAAAUUCAUCCUCCAGUCUGUAUGUUACUGAUGUACUAUCAGCGUCAGCAUUGUGAUUUAUUUACUUCUGAUCACCUUUAAUCCAUCCAUAAUCUAAACCGCUUAUUCUUCUGGGUCGCGGUGGGUUGCUGGAGCCUAUCCCAGCUGUCAUUGGGUGGAAGGCAGGAUACACCCUGGACAGGUCACCAGUAACAUACGGAUUGGAGGACGAAUUCAGCAGACUGCACCAGCUCAUGCUGCUUUUGAAAGAUAUUUCUUUUACAUUUUAGCUUGUGAUCAUUACAAUUAUGUCAGUGUCAUGAAAAUUAAUAUUUGUUAAUGGUGUAGUUACAUGAGUUUAAAAGCUCAUGUUUCUGCAACAGUACAGUUUGUUUGUUAAACUUUGAGUGUAUUUAACUCAUGUAUAACUUCAGUUUCAAAACAUGAGUUACCUUAAAUGGUAUGCUUUUGUAAACUUAUCAGGGUUUAAAGUGUACAUUAAAGAUUGAUAGUUAAUAAUUACUUUUGUUGUUAAUGAAUUAUUGAUUGAUUUUCCAAAUCAUUUUGCCACAGAAUGAGAACAAAAUAUUUUUUCGUCUGUUUUUUGUAUGAUAUACAGCCAGAAAAUAAAUGAAUAAAUAAAAUGAAACGUAGACUCAGGAAUGCA